AUGGAAGAAGAGCAAUCAACCACCUCCUCCUCUUCUUCUGGUUCAACUACCUCUGCAGAAUGUGAAGCAGGGAAGAAGUGUAAGGGAGCGAAGAAGAAGCGAGUGAUCGAAAACGGGAGCGGGAAAGGAGCAAAGAGUGAUGGGAGUGAAGAAGGUAGUCAGCAGCAUCCAAUGUAUAGAGGAGUUCGAAGGCGUCAAUGGGGAAAAUGGGUAUCAGAAAUCAGGGAGCCGAGAAAGAAGUCGAGAAUAUGGCUGGGAACAUUUGAGACACCGGAAAUGGCAGCUCGAGCUCACGACGUGGCGGCUCUGACGAUCAAAGGCAGCUCAGCCUACUUAAACUUCCCUGAGCUAGCACAGGAGCUUCCUCGCCCAGCUAGCUCAUCGCCGAAGGACAUUCAAGCUGCGGCAGCUAAAGCAGCUGCUCUUAGCUACCCUAACUGCAGGAAUAGCCAUGAAACUCAUGAACCGGAAGAAGCACGGCCGUGUCGAGAUUCAUCAUCAACUUCACCACUAUCAGAUGAACAUAACGAUGACACAUUCUAUGACCUUCCUGAUCUGCUAAUAGAUGUUGGACAGUAUCACGGUGAUCAUGAGUACUACUUUCCGGUGGCGGCGACGUGGCAGCUGGAUCCGAUGGAUACCAUUCUCAGAAUGGAAGAGUCUUUCUUAUGGGACUAA